CUUCAACAAGUCUAAUGAAUGGAUAUUAGACGAGCAGUUUGAUGGGUUUGGACAGUCCAAUUCAUUCAAAUAGUCUUUCAAAUACACAAAUGGUAGCACAUUAAAGUUGCAAGCAUAAUGUUGAACGGACAGUAACUUGAGUAACUAAAUAGUCGGGUAAAAGAGUUUAUCAAUGAACAUACUGAAACAACCCUCAUCAUGAAAGAUGGGUUAAUGAAAGCUAGACUGAAGGGCUUAGGGAAAAGUGUUAAUGCUUUGAAGUGCAGUUAAGGCCACACAAUUCCAGUGACCUCCUCGACGUCUUUUCACAGCGAAUUGUCAAAGGUUGGGAGAUGCCCGUCAGUCAAAGUUGGCGACAGGUAUAAAUGCCUUGCUCGUUCGAGCACUCAGUCACUUGUCUUCUGUCUCUUCCUGGGUAUCCAUAUCAGUGUUUGUGCCUUGCAUCUCCACAAGAAGGGAGCAUCGAAGAAUCAGGGGUCGCUCACGCAGCAAUGAACCCUUGCCAGCUUUUUUCAUCGUUGGUGAUGUCUAUGUGCUGUCACAUACUGUCGACAACAGCAUGGUCGGUGAAUAACUUCCUGAUGACAGGACCAAAGGCUUACCUUACAUACACCAGCAGUGUGCAGGCAGGGGCUCAGAGUGGUAUUGAAGAGUGUAAACAUCAGUUCGCAUGGGACAGGUGGAACUGUCCGGAAAGCGCACUGCAGUUAUCUACACAUAACGGCCUGCGAAGUGCCACCAGAGAGACCGCUUUUGUGCAUGCCAUAAGUGCUGCUGGAGUUAUGUAUACUUUGACAAAGAACUGUAGCAUGGGGGACUUCGAUAACUGUGGCUGUGACGACUCCAAGAUAGGAAAAAUGGGUGGACGUGGUUGGGUUUGGGGAGGCUGCAGUGACAAUGUUGACUUUGGAGAAAGAAUCGCUAAACAAUUUGUGGACACGCUGGAAAAUGGUCACGACUCGCGCGCUGCAGUCAACCUGCACAACAACGAAGCUGGUCGACUUGCUGUCAAAGCAACACUCAAAAGGACCUGUAAGUGUCAUGGUGUAUCUGGAAGCUGCAGUAUUCAGACAUGUUGGAUGCAGCUGGCUGAUUUCAGAGAUAUCGGUACCUAUCUGAAAAUCAAGCACGAUCAAGCACAGAAGCUGGAGAUGGACAAAAUUCGGAUGAGGGCAGGCAACAGCGCGGACAAUCGCGGCGCAAUCGCGGACACGUUCAGCACCGUUGCGCGCACAGAACUCCUUUAUAUGGAAGAUUCUCCAGACUAUUGCGCGAAAAACCUCAGCCUGGGACUACAUGGAACAGAAGGCAGGGAAUGCCUACAAAGCGGAAAGAAUCUUUCUCAGUGGGAGAAGAGAAGCUGCAGGCGGCUCUGCCACGAAUGUGGUCUGAAAGUUGAAGAGAGGAGGAUAGAGACUGUGAGCAGCUGUAACUGUAAAUUUCACUGGUGUUGCACAGUCAAAUGCGAAACAUGCACUCAGACUGUGAACAAGUAUUUUUGCGCAAAAAGGCAUAAAAACCGUCGGCCGCACAACAAUUCACGCAAAAGACAGCAUGCGCGUAAUAGAUGAAGUCAUCAUCUUUGCCAGUAUAUUAAGUUGUAUAUUUCCAAUGUAAAUAUAUUUUAUAUGAGAUUUUAAGAUAUGCUGCUUUUCUCUUACUGUAUAUUAUUCUGCACAUUGUUAUAACGAAAAAUGUCAAUUCGAACCCCUGUAUAAGACACAAGGGCUUCCUCGUUCCCACUGUCAGUUGGAUUGAUCACAUACUAAGUUCUAAUUUCACGUAGACAUAAGUUCAUUAUUUGCACUUUUUCGUUCUCCACAUUAGACCACAGAUUUACUUACAAUUAUGUUGAAAGAUUGUUUUGAAUACUUGCACCAUGUUUUUUUUUUUUUCCUUUCUCGCACAGAUCACUUGACAGUGUGUAAUGUUUCUCAAGGGGCUUGAAGUGUUGUUAUGGAACUUA